CUGCAGAGCCAGGCUGCUGCUGCAGCUGCGGCUGAGGCAGAGGGUGGUGCUGCUUCCAGACCGUUUGCCUCCGAGCCUGGGCCUGGUCUCCAAGUGAGGAGGCGGGACGUGGCCAAUCCGGGGCCCUGAAGGUGCCCAGUGCCCGCUGAGGCUUAGUGGGGAUUCAGGCUGCGGCCUGUCAGAGCCAGACAGGGAGGCGCCCACGCUCCUGACAGUAUAAGAUGGCGGCGAUGGCGCCUGGAGGUGGCGGCGGCGGCGUGAAUCCAUUCCUCAGCGAUUCGGACGAGGACGACGACGAGGUUUCAGGGACCGACGAGCGGCGGGCAGGACUUCGGCUGAGUUCCGGGGUCGGCCUAGAUCCUGGCUCUGCGGACUCGCUAUCGCCUCAGGAUCCCGUGGCCUUAGGGAGCAGUGCACGACCAGGGCUCCCUGGGGAGGCGUCGGCGGCUGCGGUGGCCCUGGGGGGCACUGGCGAGACCCCGGCCCGAUUGUCAAUUGAUGCGAUCGCGGCUCAGUUGUUGCGCGAUCAAUACUUGCUGACCGCCCUGGAGCUGCACACCGAGCUGUUAGAGAGUGGCCGCGAGCUCCCUCGGCUGCGCGAUUACUUCUCCAAUCCCGGCAACUUCGAGAGGCAGAGCGGGACCCCGCCGGGGUUAGGGGCGCCGGGGAUCCCUGGAGCAGCCGGCGUUGGAGGCGCAGGAGGUCGGGAGCCGAGUACUACGUCGGGUGGGGGACAGCUCAAUCGAGCUGGGAGCAUCAGUACCCUUGAUUCUUUAGACUUUGCAAGAUAUUCAGAUGAUGGUAACAGGGAAACGGAUGAGAGAGUGGCAGUCCUGGAGUUUGAACUACGGAAAGCCAAGGAGACCAUUCAGGCCCUCCGAGCCAACCUGACAAAGGCUGCAGAACACGAAGUUCCUUUACAGGAACGAAAAAAUUACAAAUCAAGUCCUGAAAUUCAGGAGCCAAUCAAACCUCUUGAAAAGAGAGCUCUAAACUUCUUAGUCAAUGAAUUUUUAUUGAAGAAUAACUACAAGCUGACAUCAAUAACCUUUUCAGAUGAAAAUGAUGAUCAGGAUUUUGAACUAUGGGAUGAUGUAGGAUUAAACAUUCCAAAACCUCCAGACUUAUUGCAACUCUACCGAGAUUUUGGAAAUCAUCAAGUGACUGGGAAAGAUCUUGUGGAUGUGGCCAGUGGUGUAGAAGAAGAUGAAUUAGAGGCUCUGACACCAAUUUUAGGCAACCUUCCUCCAACCCUUGAAACUCCUGCUGCUGUAGAGAACUCCUUGCUAGUAAAGAAAUUAGAAGAUAAAAUUAGUUUAUUAAAUAGUGAGAAAUGGUCUUUGAUGGAACAAAUCAGAAGACUUGAAAGUGAAAUGGACUUCCUCAAAAAUGAACACUUUGCCAGCCCUGUAGUUUGUGACUCUGUUCAGCCUUCUUUGGAUCAGUCUCCCCACAAGGACUCUGAAGACAGUGGACAGAAUUCAGUUAUAAAUAGUUCAGACAUGGGAGAAAACAAGGAUAUCCAUCUUUCAAAAUCAGAUGAAAUUGAUUCCACUAUUCCUAAAGAGAAUUUCCCACGUUCUUUCCCCAGGAGAGAAAGAGAAGGAAUGCCAUCUUCUUCUCCAUCAAAUAAAAGCACAGUCCAUUUUGAUAAACCCAAUAGGAAGUUGUCUCCUGCUUUCCAUCAAGCACUACUCUCUUUCUGUCGAAUGUCAGCAGAUAGUCGUUUAGGAUCAGAGGUGUCUCGGAUUGCAGACAGCGAGAAAAGUGUUAUGUUAAUGCUGGGGCGCUGCCUGCCACACAUUGUUCCUAAUGUGCUGUUGGCAAAGAGAGAGGAGUUGAUCCCCCUCAUAUUGUGUACAGCCUGCCUGCAUCCUGAGCCUAAAGAGAGAGAUCAGCUUCUCCACAUACUUUUCAAUUUGAUCAAGAGACCAGAUGAUGAGCAAAGGCAAAUGAUACUGACAGGUUGUGUGGCAUUUGCACGUCAUGUUGGCCCAACACGUGUAGAAGCUGAACUUUUACCACAGUGUUGGGAACAGAUUAAUCACAAAUACCCAGAAAGAAGAUUGCUUGUGGCGGAAUCUUGUGGAGCACUGGCACCUUACCUUCCUAAAGAAAUCCGUAGCUCCUUGGUUCUUUCAAUGUUGCAACAGAUGUUAAUGGAAGAUAAGGCAGAUUUGGUAAGAGAAGCUGUGAUCAAAAGCCUCGGUAUCAUUAUGGGAUACAUUGAUGAUCCAGACAAAUAUCAACAGGGUUUUGAACUGUUGCUGUCAGCCUUGGGUGACCCCUCAGAAAGAGUAGUUAGUGCAACACAUCAAGUAUUUUUACCAGCUUAUGCUGCCUGGACUACAGAACUUGGAAAUUUACAGUCUCAUCUUAUACCUACAUUGCUGAACAAGAUUGAAAAACUUCUCAGGGAAGGAGAGCACGGGCUGGAUGAACAUAAGCUCCACAUGUAUCUGUCUGCCUUGCAGUCCUUGAUCCCAUCUCUCUUUGCAUUAGUGCUACAGAACGCACCUUUCUCCAGCAAAGCCAAGCUUCAUGGUGAAGUGCCACAGAUAGAAGUGACUAGGUUCCCUCGGCCUAUGUCGCCUCUUCAAGAUGUGUCUACUAUUAUUGGAAGUCGUGAGCAAUUGGCAGUACUGCUACAACUUUAUGAUUACCAGCUGGAACACGAGGGUACAACAGGCUGGGAAAGUUUACUAUGGGUUGUCAAUCAAUUGUUGCCACAGCUUAUAGAAAUAGUUGGCAAAAUUAAUGUUACUUCAACUACCUGUGUCCAUGAAUUCUCCAGAUUUUUCUGGCGCCUUUGCCGGACAUUUGGCAAAAUUUUUACAAACACUAAGGUAAAACCUCAGUUCCAGGAGAUUUUAAGACUGUCUGAAGAAAAUAUUGAUUCCUCAGCAGGAAAUGGGGUCCUCACUAAAGCUACUGUCCCCAUUUAUGCAACAGGAGUCCUUACGUGUUAUAUUCAGGAAGAAGACCGAAAGCUGUUAAUUGGAUUCUUAGAAGAUGUAAUGACCUUGCUUUCAUUAUCUCAUGCUCCUCUUGAUAGCCUGAAAGCUUCUUUUGUGGAACUGGGUGCAAAUCCAGCCUACCAUGAGUUAUUGUUAACUGUUUUGUGGUAUGGUGUUGUCCAUACUUCAGCACUUGUGAGAUGUACUGCUGCUAGAAUGUUUGAGCUGUUGGUGAAGGGGGUGAAUGAAACUCUGGUAGCUCAGAGGGUUGUUCCUGCUCUCAUAACUCUCUCCAGUGACCCUGAAAUCUCUGUCAGGAUUGCCACAAUUCCAGCCUUUGGCACUAUUAUGGAAACAGUUAUUCAAAGAGAGUUGCUGGAAAGAGUGAAAAUGCAGUUGGCUUCUUUCCUGGAAGAUCCUCAAUAUCAAGACCAGUAUUCUUUGCAUACAGAAAUCAUAAAAACAUUUGGUAGAGUUGGGCCUAAUGCAGAACCAAGGUUCCGAGAUGAGUUUGUUAUACCACAUUUGCAUAAGUUAGCCUUGGUGAACAACUUACAAAUCGUGGAUUCUAAAAGACUGGAUAUUGCUACCCAUCUUUUUGAAGCCUACAGUGCACUUUCCUGUUGUUUCAUUUCAGAGGAUUUAAUGGUUAAUCACUUCUUACCUGGUCUCAGAUGUUUACGAAUUGACAUGGAACAUCUUUCUCCAGAGCAUGAGGUUAUUUUAACUUCCAUGAUAAAAGAAUGUGAACAAAAAGUAGAGAACAAGACCGUCCAAGAGCCUCAAGGUUUCCAAAGUAAUGAACUGAUCCACCCUCCAACCGGAGGCAAAAGAAAAGAGAAAAGGGAUUACAUGCAGAAAUAUCAGCACUGUGCAAAGGACAAAAGUUUCAGAAAAGCAUAUUUGGGAACUGUAAUUAAAGCUACAGCACAGACUCAAUGUCAAUUGCUGCAAGCUUAGUGAGUGAAGAUACAAAGACCAAGUUUUUGAACAAAAUGGGCCAGUUGACAACAUCAGGUGCCAUGUUGGCCAAUGUGUUUCAGAGAAAGAAGUAAAAGCAGGAAGGAAGCCCCCA